UAGACGCGUUUAGUUGCUUUUCGUGCGAACCCCGACGACGAAAUCAUUCCAUCCAGCCGUCGAAGCCGUGUUCUCGGGGGUUUGGGAUUGUGAUUUUGUAUAAAUCUCUAAAGUUAUGUGCCAACAACUAUACAAAACAAAGAUAAUCUGAAACGUACGAGCUGACUGCAAAGCUGCGAAGGAUCUGCCGAGCCCGCAUUAUCUGUGAUAUACAGCUCAGCCUCUCGUCCGUCCUAUAAGGGCUGGGCCACUCGGGGCUAGGAGGCGUCCGCAGCAGCUUCCAGCGGUGAUCUCACCCUGCCCUCUGCCAUAGAGGCAUUAAACACUGCUACCUGCUUAAUUGACUGCAUCACUACGAACCAUUGUUACUUAGUCUAUAAUUGAAACAAUAUGCAAUCUGUGAACAUAAGUAUAAUACUAGGUGGAUAUUGUAGAAAAUUAUUCUAUUUAUAAAUAAUUGUCUGAUGUCUAAUGUUUCUGUAAUAUUAUGUGUUCCACGUCUAAUUAAGGAUAAUUGUUACUCCAAUAUUGAUACUGUUACCGAACCAAUGCAAUGUAAUAACUCCACCUCGACAUUGGUGGUAAACACAAAUAAAUUUGGUGCUUUUGAGCGAGUCUAUAAGAAGAAUGAGAGUCAGCGAGUUAGUGUAAAAAUGGUAGAUAAUAAUAUUUAUAAUGUAGAGUUUGUUGAUAGUAUCCAACAAAACCAAAUGAUUGGCGAUACGCCUAACUACUGCAUUCCUUUAAAGAUUAACGCCAUAACAGUCCAGGGUAUCUCAUACAGUGACCCAUAUUUCAGUAGCUUUAACUUAAAGUAUAAGAUGGCGUUUGGAGCGCCAGAGUAUAUGAACAAGUCUGAUUACGCUUUUAAAUCCUCAGUUUGUAUUAUACAUGAUGAGCCUUGCGAGACGCAACUAUUGAACGAAAAGUCUGCUCGUGAUAUGAUAUGCAAAACGAAAACUCGAAUGAUUACUGACGACGACAAGUCUGCAAGAACAUACCAUGACAAUAAUGUUGGUUUUGGGGCCGCGAGCUCUGAGUCAGCUUUGAAAGUAUUCGCAAACGGUGAUCUCACUUUGGACGGGAUGUUGGAACUCAGUAGACACGAGGGCGACCUGAUGAAGACUUUGGGGGGCGCCGUAGACAGCUGGGGCGUGCCGCGCCGGCUCCGGCUAUGCGGCGGCGGCGAGAGCUCGCUCAACGCAGCAACCGGCUGGGGCAGCCCGCCUGCUUCGAACAAUAACGGUGGGAAUUGGGGCGGCAACUCCAGUGGCCAAACUAACAGUGGAUCGAACAAUACUCAACAAUGGAAUAAUACGGCCCAGCGGCCGCCUACUUCUCAAGCCGACAGAUUGUUUCUUGCAGUGAACAGCAACAAAGCGAACGGCAACCAGAUGCCGCCUACCAGUGCUGCCUCAGGCCAGAACUGGCAGAGCUCUCCGCCUAACAUGCCAAAUUCACAGUCCAACAACAAUGGUGCGCCUGCAAGCAAUGGCACGAACAACUCUGGAAACGGGAAUGGAGCGAACCCUUCCAAUCCGGCUGCGAAUUCUAACGGGCCUUCUGCUGGGAACGGAAACGGGAAUAACGUCAACAGCACGUCCUCUGCCAAGAUCGAGAUCAACUCAAUGAGGGAGGCUCUCUUCAGCCAAGAUGGUUGGGGUGGACAACACGUCAACCAAGACACCAACUGGGAUGUACCCGGAUCACCCGAGCCCGGCUCGAAGGUGGAGCCCACGGCCGGUGGACCUCCGGCAUGGAAGCCGAGCAUCAACAACGGCGCUUUCCUCGGAACCGAUCUCUGGGAGGCGAACCUCAGGAACGGGGGCCAGCCGCCGCCGCAGCCCGCCGCGAAGACCCCCUGGGGGCACACGCCCACGACGAACAUCGGGGGCACGUGGGGCGAGGACGACGACGCCGCCGACUCGGCCAACGUGUGGACCGGGCCGCCGCCGCCGCAGCAGUGGCCGGCGGGCCCGCCGCAGCACGCUCAGCAGUGGGCAGUGCCGAAAAAGGACGAUUGGAACGCGUGGGGCGAGCCGCCGCGUGGCGGGGACCCGCGCCUCGACCCGCACGGCCGCUCCGCCGACCCGCGGCAGCAGCCCAACGACCCGCGCCACGACCUGCGCGGCGGCAUCUCCGGCCGCCUCAACGGCGACAUGUGGAGCCAGCACCACCAGCACACCGGGCCCAACAAGAUGAUGCCCAGCGGCGGCGUCAACCAGUGGGGCGCGCAGGGUCCCAAGGAAUCGAUCAAAGCGACCGGCUGGGAGGAGCCGUCGCCGCCGGCGGCUCGCCGAGCGGCCGGGGGCUUCGACGACGGGACGUCAUUAUGGGCGCAGCGCGGAGGUAUGGGAGGCAUGGCCGGCCGCGGCGCCACGCAGGGCCCGCCGGCCCCGCAGCGCAUCCCGCCCACGCCCACGAAACCAGACGCGGUUUGGGGAGCCCACGCCCAGCGCAACGGCUCCUGGGAGGAGCCCCACGCGCCUGGCUGGCCCGAGCGCGACGCUUCAGCUUGGCCCGACCAGUCCGGCCCUGCCCUGUGGCCCGUGCCCAAGCCUAAGCCCACCGGUCCCGGUGGUGGCUGGCCCGACGACAUCGGAGAGUGGGGCGGCCCUAAGCCCCCGCAGGCCGGACCUCUCGGCAAGCAGCUGCCGAAGGAAGUCAUCUGGAACAGCAAGCAGUUCAGGUUCUUGGUGGAGAUGGGUUUCAAGAAAGAGGAGGCCGAAGCGGCGCUCCGCAGCCGCGAUAUGAAUGCUGAAGAAGCCUUUGAAUUAUUGUCGAACGGCGCUCGCGAUGGAUGGAGGCGCGACGAGUUCCACCACCAGCCCUUCCAGCCGCCACCGAAUGUCCCAGCGGUGUCCCCCGCCGUGGCUCAGAAGCUGUUGAGUCAGCCGCCGCCGCAAACGGUGCAGCAUCAUCACUCUUACAACCCUAACAGUGGCACCGGCAACAGCGGUCAACCCAGCACAGCACAACUUCGCAUGCUGGUACAACAGAUCCAGAUGGCGGUGUCAGCAGGCUACCUCAACCACCAGAUCCUCAACCAGCCGCUGGCCCCUCAGACGCUCGUGCUAUUGAAUCAGCUGCUGCAACAGAUCAAAGUACUGCAGCAACUGGUGCAACAACACUCGCUGGCGCUGUCCAAGGGCAACUCCACGCUCGCGCUCCAGUGCUCCGUGCAGAUUACCAAGGCUAAGCAGCAGAUCACUGCUCUCCAAAACCAAAUCGCGAACCAGCAGGCUCUAUACAUGAAGCAGCAGGCCGGCGGCGCCGACCUGUUCAAGCCGAGCCACGACCCGCUCGCCGGGCUGCAGAAUAACUUCAGCGAUAUGGGCAUCUCUAAGGACACGCAGUCGGCGUAUGGUGCAAGUGGCAACCAGCAAUCGCGACUGAACCAGUGGAAGCUGCCUUCCCUGGACAAGGAUGGUGAGGGUUCGGAGUUCAGCCGUGCCCCUGGAACCGCCAAGUCCACCACCAGCCCUCAGCUCAACCAACUUGGCCUGCAACCUGACUCCACAUGGGGCGUCGGGCGCGGCUCCGAGGGCUGGGGCGACGCGGGCGCCGACGUGGCCGACGAAGAAUAUGUUUGUCCCCGCUGGUUCAGCACAUGGGGCGUCGGACGCGGCUCCGAGGGCUGGGGCGACGCGGGCGCCGACGUGGCCGACGGCAAGGACGCCUGGCCCGCGCACCCCGCGCACCAGCCGGUCUACGACCUCGUGCCUGAGUUCGAGCCUGGCAAACCCUGGAAGGGUAACCAGAUGAAGAACGUCGAAGACGACCCAGCAAUGACGCCUGGAUCCGUGGUCCGCUCGCCUCUAUCUUUGGCCGCGAUCAAAGACACGGAUAUGCUCGGCGGGAAGACUUCGCCCCCGGGCGGGGAGCGGUCGCUGUCUUCGUCCACGUGGAGCUACGCCCCGCCGGCCACUUCGGCGGCCAAUGCGCUGAAGCCUCCGGCUGAUACGUGGGCCGGCAAGCCUCGGCCUGCGCCCCCUGGUCUAAACAAGCCCUGGCCGCAGCACCAUAAUGCGCAGCAGAGGCCCGUGUCCUCCUGGCAGGCGUCUACUUGGCUGCUGCUCAAGAACCUCACGGCCCAGAUCGACGGGUCAACGCUGAAGACCCUGUGCAUCCAGCACGGGCCGUUGCAGAACUUCCACUUGUACUUGAACCAGGGUCUCGCCCUCGCCCGCUACUCCACUCGCGAGGAGGCGGCUAAGGCUCAGAUGGCGCUAAACAACUGCGUGCUUAGCAACACGACCAUCUUCGCGGAGUCACCAGCCGAGUCCGAGGUGCAGAUGAUCCUGCAGCACCUCGGCUCCGGCGGCGGCGGCGCGUGGCGCGGCUCCAAGGACUCGUGGGGCGGAUUCCCAGGGCUCUGGCCCGAGCACGACCAGCGAGCCACGCCCUCCUCGCUGAACUCCUUCCUCCCGCCCGACCUCCUCGGCGGCGAGUCCAUCUAAACCACGGUAAGGCGCACUCACCGGCAGCGGGCGGCAGCAUCCGCGUGACGCCGCCAGCGAUUAAGGGCUGCUUUUGUAAAGCACGUUUAGACACGUUUGUAGGCAAUUUUGCAGCGACUCGUGUCUGCGUAAAUUCGCAUCAUUCGCGAUCUCAACUUGCAGAAGUUCCUGACGUUUAGAGACGCGCAAAUUUCUGCAAGUUAGACUCAACCUAAACCUGCUGUUCGGCUCUGGAAUCGCUCGCGGCGGGUCCGAUCGCCCGCGGCGAAUCUCCUACCGUGUCAAUUUGGUCGCGGGCGCGGCCCUAUGUGUCUAGUUGUAAUUACGCUUUACGGUCCCCCGUAUGGGGACAGACUAAUUUUAUUCGCCUAGUCAGAUCGUGUCGGACGCGUCGCGUCGCGUCGGGACGCGGUGCGACGCGGCCGCGGUAGCCAACUGUCCACAACUAUAUUAUAUCUACUGUGUUGUAAGUGUUCAUGUAGAUUAUUUAGUGUACAUAAGAAUUAUACAUAUACAACGGCAGACAUAGAAUGUAUCGGUUAUGAAGUUGUAAGUAGUAGGUCGCGGCGGUGCGCGUGUGGUGAGACCGCGCGCGCGCCGCCGCCGGGACUGUAGUAUCCUGUAACUCUACCAAAUAAUCGUGUCGGUGUAGAUAGUUGCGUCGCGGGCUACCUCAGUCACUCGUCCCGUGGCCUUCUUUUAGUCUGUAUUUAUUUUGUUGCACUCGAGGGCUGUUGCUGUUACGCCCGUCGAGAUGUUGCGUUCCGAGUUUCUUUCGUGUUCGUUUUUUAUUUUUCUCGUUUUAUCCAUACUGAUGUAUUUUUAAUUAUUUAUUCUGUUUUGAAUUCUCACUCGUGAUGAGCCUUUCGUUUUCCAGUAGUGAUAUUUUAUUCAGCAAUAAAUGUGUAAGUGCAUUUCGCAGACUAACAAAUGUUUACAAUUAGUUUGUAAUUUUUAUAAAGAUAACAAAAAUUGAAAAUUAUGAGAUUCGAAGUGCAUUCUUGUAGUGGUAAAUUCCUUUUAAGCUGUAUAGUCUGAAGUGGAAAUGAGUAUAUACAAAUAUACGUUGGAGGCCGCGGCGGGCGGGCGGGGCCGCGGCUCCGUGCAAUCCAGUUAUCCUGUGAUGUAAUUAUCUUGCCUAUUGUAAGGAUAAUCUAUUUUGUUGGAGCGAUCCAGUAGAGAGUCGCCGGCGGUCCGCCUCCGUCGUAGCUGAUGUUUCCCCAAAUUAUUUCCAGUAUUUGUGAUUCAAGUGCCACUUUAUGUUUAAUAUAUGAAACGAUUAUCUAGAUUAUACGAUUAAUGUAAGGGUAACCUAAUAUAUUAUUAAAUUGAAAAUUGUUUUAUCAUUUUAUAUUACAUACAUUUGUGAGAAGUGUUAAAAAGUACUAUAAUUGACAGUAAAUAUUACACUUUUGUGUAUAGGUAAGAAUAAAGUUCUAAUAACUUAAAUUUAGCCAUAUCAAUAUCUAUUUAAUAAAAGAUUUGUGGUAUUUUCUAUAGGCUCAAUUUGAAAGUUAUUCAAAGUGACAUAUGCUUUAGAUAUUCUGUUAAUAAUAUACUUGUAGUCGUAGUCUCCAUGUCGGUAUUACAACAUCAUUGUAGAUAUAAGUAUACACUUAAGUCCUAUCGUAGGUUUCGAUAAGAAUACUAUUGAUAUUUAACUUGCAACGAUCGCACUUGUAAAUGUUCGUUAUGAUAAAGUUUAUUUACAUUUUUAUUUACUUUUUAAUUUAUUAAUGGUGUGCCACAGAGAUACUCUGCCAAAAUAUAUCAUUACCAAUAUAUUACGGGAUUAGCUAAGUAGAGAGGCGUCGGGCGUAGACUUAGGAGCGCCGGGCGCUCGAAGCGGCCCGGCGUCGCGUCGCGAUCGUCCCGGCGUCGCCCCGCGGUCGUCCCGGCGUCGUCCCGGCGUCGCCCGCGGUCGUCGCGCCCGCGCCCUCCGCCCUGACUAGAGACUCCGGGCUUCAGCCCAUGACCGUCGACGACGGACCCACCACGCUUUACGAUCCGCGAGAUCGACCACACAAAGCGAAUGACUAAUGUACAUUGUAUCUGUAUUCGUGCAUCUUCCAGUGAUCUUACAAUUAAACGUAACGACUAGUGCUAAGUUAGGUGUAUAAGUAUUCGCUGUACCUUGUCGAGCCUCGCGCUCGAAAACUUUCACAAAUUAAUGAAUUAAGUUAGGAGAACGCGAUAUUGGAAUAAUAUAUAUUUGUGCGUUAUGGACUCUUAAUCGCUUCGGACCUGUAGUAGUUUAGAGUUAACUAAAUGUUUCGAUGUAUGAUGUGUUCAUUUAGAGACAAAAUAGCAUUUCUCAUUACUACCUUAAUAACUUACUAUAGGGACCGACGAUGUUUCUCUUAAUCGCAUGAUCUUUGUUGCCUUAUUUUUUGCGAAUCGUUAACGACUGUAGCAGUGGAAGUUUUAACACGCGAAAUAUUCGGUUUGAAUUCCAUUGGAGUCGACAGUAACAUCUAAACCGCAAUAUUGAAGGCUCGGCAUGUGCAAUCGCGCCAACAUUGUAUCGCCAAGGGGCCAUAAUAUAUUGUCGUGAUGUAUAGCGUUAGAUUGCCAAAGAAUGAGUAUCAAAGAUAAUGGUGUCUAAAACUAGAUUGCAUCUCUGUGCUUGAUAACGAUUCUUCCAAAUUGUUUUAAAAUUAAUUUUGUGGUACGGGUUAUUGAUCUGAUGUUCCUAUAUCAUUCGUGUAAUGUCUAUGCAACAAUAGUACACACUAACAGGUCGAUGUCAAUUCUAUUGUUGUCAAGCUCAAUUUACGUGAGGGUGUUUCUUUUAACUAUUCGAUAAAAUAAAAUAAAAAUAAAAAAUACAAAAAAACGUUACAAUUUUAAACUGAUAUUAUUCUGUCCACUCGUACACCAAUAUUCAUAAAGCUUCAAAACGCAGUGUUUACUGGUGACUUAGUGAAUUUAAUACAGCAAUAAAUGUCAUUAUAAAAAAUUAUAAUUUUUAUAAGAGUUUUCCAUUUUUAAAGUUAGACAAACCGAGUAACGGAAAGUAUAACGAUCCAGUGCCCUGUAGAAUACGUUGUCCAUAGAUUAAAGACAAAAGUAAUGCCUUGAAGUGUUUAGUCAGUUAAAGGUAACAGUACUUAAUAAUGGGUAUAAUGUUAGGCGUUGUGCUGUAGUGGCGUAGAGCGAGCGACAAGGUUGUGACGAGAGCCCACGCCGCGAAGCUGAAUCUCCUCUCGGUUCAUUGACUGCAUCUAUUUCCUGCACACAAUUGCCCAUGUGCAAUUUUACUCUGUGUUAUUAUUAUGUUGUUGUAUAUUUAUUACUUACAUCUAUACCGUAAUAUGUAUAUAAUGUGAAAUUUAUAUUCAUAUAAAAAGAUUUUAAUACGCUUCACGCUUUCACUUUUAACAUUUUUUCGUAACUUGUUUCUGUUAUUUAGAAUAAAUUUACGUACCUUAAUAUAAUAAUUAUCAUAGGUGUAAAUGUAAGAAAAUAAUGAAAAAAAUAAAAAAAACGAAAAAAAAAAAGAAAAGCAAUUAAAUAAACCAAUGAUUGUGCCUCAAUGAACUGUGGUACGUUACCGUAACCGAUGGCAGGUGUAAUCGUUUCCUUUGAGAAUGUAUUGUAAUGAAUUGUGCACUGGCCCCGGGAGCGGCCGACUAGUGUAGACAAUAUAAGGCUGCGUGCAGCGGGGCUCCGCGCCCACGCCUUGUGUAAUCAUAAAAGAGCUUAGCUAUGUUUUACUUUUAUUGUAAGUGUUAUGUCGUCAAUCAACAUUUUAUAUAUACCUAUGUGUAAAUAUUUUUAUCUAUUUAUUUUUGGUUUUUUCAUGAAGUUUACCCGAAUUAACGUGUAACUUUAAAUUAGUUGCUUUAUUUUGAGUCAGUUUCGUAUAUUUUUUUAAUCCGCACGGUAUACGUGCGUGUUCAAAUCCAAAUUCGUGUCUAUUCCAUAACUUGAAUGCCAAAGUCGAUGUCUAUGCCAUUUAACGACCACUAAUGUUCUUAGAUAAUCUGCGUCGAUCUCUGACAUCACAACAAACUAUUUGAUCGUACAAAUGCGAGCCAUUUACAAAAAAUAUAAUUAAAAAUAACAGCCACCGCGGAGGUCGUUGUUCUAUCCAAGCUGCUCUGGUUAUUUUAGCUCAAGUAUUCAAAUAGUAGUUUGCUCAUAAUAUUGUUGUUAAUUUUAAUGUUUAAUUGUAUUAAGGCUGGGGCUCGCGGGGGCAGUAUGCCGGCGCUCAUGAUCCUUAUGACGUGACACCCGUUAACAAUUAGAGGAGUAAUGGUUGCUGUGAUCACUUGACUGAAGUUCAAAUAGAAUUGGUUAGUGAUAAGGGGUUAACUGGAACGGUGGAGCUGCAUACUGGCCCUGUGCGUCAUCGACACUAAUAACGCUUUUCCCGUAAGAGUGGAGUAAAAUUCUAAAAAUAAUGUAAUCUCCAUUAGCUUGUAGUGUUGUGAGACCAUACCAUGAGUCGACGUAUUCAGUGAGUUGGGUAUGCCGCCUAUAAUUUAUUUUAACUGUCACCUCGUUUUUAUAUUAGUGUAUUACGUAAAUCUCAGAUUAUACCUGAUGGCUGUUGCAACUUACAACGACAGACUGUUCCCCAGUCGACCACUUAGCAACCAGCCCUUGCUUCGGUCACAAUGUACUUCUGGCGCAUGUUACUUAUUUCUAUUUCACAUAUAGGGACCAAAAUAUGUAUGAAUAUCGUGUUUCGCUGAACACUUACAUCCAGCUGAAUUGACUCAACGCAUACUAAAAGACAUUCUCAUUUUCCAUAAUUGUUAAUAUAUUUUGCUGUCGCAUAAAUCAUUAUGAUGUUAUAUGACAUUAUGUAGUGAUAGUGUACAAUAUUCAGAAGGGCCUUUAAUUUUAAAUAAGGUUAAAGUUUUUGCUUGUUGUCUUUAUUUAUAUAUAUUUUUGUACGUUACGACGACGUUGGCGUCCUACAAUAGAAGCGCAUUAGGUGAUAUCUACAAAUAAACUAGUCUUCCUUAUUUAUGAGGGAUCGUGGUGAUGGACGUCGGCACAAGAGGCAAUCAUUCCUCUAGUCUUGUUAUGUGGUGCGUUUAAGUGAAUACCAAAUAUAAAAUAAAGAAGGCUUUUGACGUAGUGUGUAGAGGUUAUGAUAGUCGGCCCGAGCAGCUUGGAACCCUGUGACAUGUUACAAGGGAAUGGUUGGGUAGUAUUAUAAUAAUGCAUUUAUUUCUCUUUUAUCAUAGUCACUCAAGCAUAUAUUUUUAAUUAAUUGAGCUAAUGCCUAAAAUUGGAAUAUCAGAGUUUAUUUAGGAUGUUUCAUAUUUUACAUUUUAGUGUUUAAAUAUCUAAAAUUUACCUUAAUUAUAGUGAAUGGAUUUUUGUAUUAUUGGUAUAUAGCUGUAAGUUAAAGGGUGUUCUUGAUAAACAACAAAACAACUGAUUAAAUACAAAGUAAAAAAAAAUGAACUGAGUGACUUUACGUGUAAACAGAGGGCCAUUGAUAAAAACGUUGAACUAAGCUAAAUUCUCUAUGUGGUAAUUUAACUAAAUGUGAUUGCUGAAUAUUUUUAACUGCUAUAUGUAUAGUAAUUAUAGAUCAGUAAGUCGCCAUUUAUCCGUUAGCUCAGUGAGCGGUAUCGAAGUAUAUGCACACCAGUAUAGUUUAUUUAUUGUAAUCGCUCGAGUCGCGCCACUUCGACGCGCGGCGCGCGAGUCGGAAACUGCGAACACGGCAAAGUUUCCCUCGCCCGCCGUCAGGGUGGCGCGGCGCCAGCGGCGUACCUUCUGUGCUAGUUUGAAUUCAGUAAAGUUGCAUUUGAUUCAUUGUUCAAGGACUAUGUAGCGUUUAUGUAUAUAUGUAUGUGUAUCAAGGCCAACCCCCCACCAUGUUAAUUGAUGCAGUAGACUCCAGGUGCUAGCUAACUGCACGACACUGCUUCUCUAGUCUCUCUCGCAUUCGAACAUCGCUUUAAAGUAAGCUUUUGUUAUCGAGCAUAAUUAACGAUCAUAUCCUAAUAUGACUAGUUUAUAUUCGUAUUAUUCUUUCAUUAGAUCUCUGUUGUACCUGUUUGAAAUUGUUUAUAUUCAAUGUUCAUUGUACGCUAGGAAGCGCUCCGGUCUCGACGCACCGCGCUUCACGAUAUACGUAACGUAGUAUAAUGACCAAACCCUUAGUUCCCCUGAACGACAAACCUCUCACUAUACCAUAUCUAUUGGCGUCUUAAUCAAUACUCUGUGCUCUUAAAUUAGUCACUUUUGUACCUUGAUUGUACUUGAAUAAUAACCUAGUAAGUGAGGAACGACUAAUCCAAUUCUGAAAUAUACUUAAUUUAAAUUUUGACAGACUGAUAUCUGUGAUUAAGAAAAUAUUUUUAAAUAUUAUCCAGUGAGUCGGAUGAAAAUAUUUAUUUUAUUAGAGGUUUCCUACUGCCGUCAGCGCAUAUACUAUGUGACGAGACACUACUGCUUCGUAUAUUUUUUUAAAUUAGUGAUGUAUCGAGUUGGAUACUUGUUCAACGACCGUUAUCGACGCGCACUUUGUUGGUCGUGUGGUACAGCGCUAGCAAGCUCCGUACCGACCCCUGGGCAGCUCCAAGCCGUCCCACGACUACCAUGUCCUCGUCCUUACACGCAGAGACUGACAAAAGAGAAAUUAUAUCAAUACCACCGAUGCCAUCUGAAAUGUUUUCUUAAAUAUUUGAUCUUGAACGUUGCAUAUCUACUACAUUUCUAAUUCGAAUUAUUUUGUUGUAUUCAUAUCUGUAAUUUCCACAAAUAUGAGUUAAGUUUGAUAUUUAUAAAAGUCCUUAAGUUAUCAUAAUAAUGGAAACAAAAUUGAAUGCCUGUAGUUGUGUAGUGAGUGACAUCUCUCUAAAAUACUAAAGUGAUUGGCGUUACAAUAAUAAAAUAAUAUUUUGGUACCACCUUUGAGUUAAAGUACAAUGUAGUUUAUAAAGCGUGUUUCAUUGAUGUACGUAUUCAUAUAACAAUAUCAGGAUAGUGGUAAAGAUAAGUUAGUGUAGACUUAAGCUGUCUCGUCUCACAUUACACCAACUAAUAAUUAUUCUCCUUGAUAUUUGUAUUGGAACACAGUUAUUAUAAGCAGAUACUAAAUUAUGUCAUAUUUAUAUCAAUAGGCUAAAGUAAAAAGUAAAGUUUUCUGAGCAAAACUCUGUGAUGGGAAAAAUAAUUCUAAAGAUCUAGUAUUAACUGAAAGUGAAACCGAGGCCCUGAAGAUUGUUUUUCCUUCUAGUUGAUAAAGAUACAGCUAUUAAUACUCACAUGAUAAUCUUUUGAAAUGUAAGGGAAAAUAGUCUCUACGUGCAAUCCGGGCCGAGUUUCACGGCGACUUUAAAAGUUGAACUUUUCAGUCUUUUCGCGCAAAGGGUUGUGUAUUAUUUUUUAUGUAGUACAAAUGUGUUCGCAAUUUGAUUGCUGCUGUAGUGUUCCUUUUGUUCUUAUUCAAAAUAACUUUGUUGGGUAUUUAUUUGGAAAUUUGUAUUUUUAAUAUCUUAAUGUAAUCUGUAAUCUUAUUACUGUCUUAAAUAAUGAGGCGAGCGUAAAAUUCGUAAUAGUAAAAUUAUGUAUAACGGCUGCCUUAAUAAUAGUAAUAUUUGUAUCAAUCUGUACACGAUCCUCGUAUGUUCCCGGGCCCGUACCAAAUAAUAGGGUAGCGAGCGCGGGCCGGCCGCGGCGCGCCGGCGCACCCGUUACGCGACUAGUCAAUUGUACAAUCAUUUGUGCUUCGUUGUUAUUAAAAUAUGCUUAAGUGCCUUCAGAUAUAUGUAAGCGAAAUUCAGUAAAUAUUUUUUUACUCGAUACGUUUGAUGAUAUUGCACCAACUUCAUAUCAUUUGUAGGUAUAAAUUAGUUAGAGUAUUAUUUCGUCGGCUUCCAAUUGGUGACGUGACGGCGGUUGCGGCGGCCGGCCCAGCGCCCCGGCCCGGCUCUGUCUUAUUACCUCAUUCAAUAACCUCACGUAGUGUGUCCUAUAUCAAAAUAUUUUAUCGACUCUGUACUUACGCGCACUGCACUGUUAUUUGGUACACACUUUACUUCUGUUUAAGUUACUUUAAGGUGUUUAUCGUAAAUUUUAUCAGAUAUCGAUAUAUUUUCCUGUUAUUUUUCUGAUACUACCUAAAAGCAAUGUAUUUUACAAAACAAAGCAGGAGAACAAUAAUUAUUAUGUAAGUGUAACAGUUAGUGAAUUUAAGUGUGCUAUUUUCCAUUCCAGAACUCAACGAUAUCAAUGUUCAUGUAAAACUUAUGUUCGGGUUUUAAAAAUGUUAUUAUUGUAUAAUUAAACUAAACCUUAUGUGAUUGAAAUGCAAUGUUUAGAAGUAUUUUUAUCUUUAUUUUUUACCAUUAAUUAAUAAAUAGUUAGUAGAGAUCUAUUUGAGAGUCUAAUGUAUCAAUUAUUUGUAAAGUUGGCUGUAACUAAUUAGAAGUUACAAUAAGUAGACAUAUUUUAAUAUAAACAUUUGGAGAAAAAUUUUAUGUAGACGACAAAUAGUUGUUUUGAUCAUUAUGUGAAGUGUUGUAUUGUAUCGUAUCGUUAGCGCAAUGUGUACGCACAACGGUGAGGCGGGUCGAGGGAGCGCCCCGGCGCGGCCCGGCCCGGCCCGCGGGCCCGGGGCCCGGCCCUGCCGGCCGCAUGCCUCCUCGACCGGUAGACCCGAGACUCUCACUGCACAGCACUGCUAGACUAAUUCAGUUAUUGCGUAAGGAUAUUUUUCUUACAUUUCGAUAAGAGUAAUGUUUAUAGUAUAGGCAAUAAUAAUGUUUAACAAAAAGUCCCUAUUUAAUCGAACUGACGACAGAAACGCAUGUUAUAUUUGUGGCCUCUUUAUAAAUAAGAUCUAAGUUACAUGUUAAAGAAAAUUAAUUUUGCUAUGCACAGAAAUGAUACUCAAUUAAUUGCCAAAAAGUUAUAUGUAUAUUCAUAGUUCAACAAUAUUUCUUUUGGGCAUAUUUACUUUGAAUUUAUUAUGCAAACUUAGAUUAUGAAUAAGUAGGUUGUAGAUUUAUAUGUAGAGUGAAUGCAUAUAUUAUAAUAUAUCUAUAUAUUUAAAAUAAGGUGAAUUUGAGAGGUAUCAAUUUCAUUGUAUUGUUCUUAAGUUUAGAUAAUAAAUGGGUUUAGCCAUACUUCGGCUGGUUUGAUAUGUAUGUUAUCUGAUUAAUUGUAAAAAAAAUAAAAAAAAUCAUUAAAAUU